AUGAAUAAAAAUGAUAUGAACAAUUUUUUAUGUCAAUUUGACUUUUCUUCCUUGGAAGAUUUAGAUCCAUCAAUAGCUGAUGGUUAUCACAUAUGUUACAAUAAGGAAGUACCAUUUGAAAUAAAAAUAAGUGAAUCAGAAAAUGUUCCAAAAGAAAUUGGAAAUUUAGAAAACAUAACAGUAAAAUUAUUAGUUUUAGGUGAGGAAUUAAAUGCACAGAGUAUUAAAAUAGAGCUAACUAGCGAAUCCGAUUUAUUCUUCCAUUUUACUCAAAUAGUUGAUGAAAACAUAUUCGAUACAAUGCAAGACAAACAAAAGCUUAUGAUAAGUUUCUCUGAAUACUUGGAAGUUUUAAUUAAAAUGUUCAAUUCUUGUGUCCGAGAUCCCCAAAGUUUUUUAGCUAUAUUUACUAUAAAGCAAAAUGGAAAAGCCCAGCUUGAUUUUAUAAAAAAUAUGGAAUACAGAUUCAUUGAACUUCUUGUGUGUGAAUUUGUUCAAUCCCCAGAUUAUAUAAUAAAGGAGAGUAUUGCCUUUAGAUAUAAUUUCAUUAAAUCGAAAAAUACGAUUAUAUAUAAAAGACUUCAAGAUAUAAGUUUGCUAAUUAAAUCAAAAAAUCCAUCUCUUUUAAUGCAACUUCAAAAAACAGCUAGUAAACAAAUGGAACUUAUGAAAAAUAAAAAAUAUACAAAUGAUAUAUAUAGCCCAAAUAAGUGA